AUGAAGUCCAAGAAGUCCCAGUCCCCGUCCCCGUCCCAGCGCCGUCGGUCCUGCUUCAGCCUGAGGGGGCGCAAGAAGAAGGGCGGGGCCAUCCGGGGCAAGCUGCGUAUGCGCUCUCUGCCUGGGGCCUUCAUCCUGCUGGGCCUCCUGGUGGUGGUGGUGGGUACUGCGCUGGCCGUGGCUGGGUACUGGCCCUACAGGCUGUCCAAGGCCGCGCUGGUGACCGAGGGGGAGGAGUCGCCGUCCGGGUGGAGCGUCGGAGCCAAGGGUCUUCUGUCUUCAGCCAGAGCCGGCCUGGUGCACAGCGAGCGCAUGAAGCUGCUGGGACCCGUCAUCAUGGGCGUGGGGCUGUUCAUCCUGAUCUGCGCCAACACCGUCCUGUACGAGAACCGCGACCGGGAGACGCAGAUGCUCCUGGCGCAGAUGAGGAGCGUGAUCUGCUCCGUGUCGGCCGCCGUCCCCUCCGCCGACCUCCAGGAGAUAGCCGUCGCCAACUCCAUGACCAAGCACUACCAGUGGGUGAGCAGCCUGCCCGCCGCCCACCUCAACAUCCUCUGCCUGCAGCAACUCGCCUGCUCCGAACCCAUUCUCCGCACCAGAACGGGCGAAAGGGACUACCACCAGGCCGUGCUGCAGACCCAAGCGCUGCACCACCAAGAGUCCGAAUCCACGCCGUCCCUGAAAUCGUCCAAAUCGAACUCUUGCAACUCCAGCCAGACGGAUUUCAAAGCGGAAAACGUCACGCCGAAACGAAACAUCCCGCUGGUCAAAGUCAACAACUGCCUGGUUUCGGCGAGCUCCAUGUCGACGUUGGGCGUGGAGGACAGCGUGGACGUUCGGCUCUCGCUGCCCCGGCGGUGCCACAGCCUGAGCUAUAGGACUAACCCUUACAAACACGGCGUCCACUUGAAGGCGCUCAUCAAGGCAAGCGACCCGGACACGAAGCAGCUGGUGGGGCAGCGGGGCGAGCACAGGUCCCACGUUUGCGUGAGCAUCCCGGGACAAAUCGUGGAUAACAUGUCCGAGGAGAUGACGCACCGGAGCUGGCCCAGACUGGACUUGGGAAUCGGGAGACGGUAUCUGAAAUUGGAAAACAAGGAGGAUUCCGUGGACAAAUUGCUGGACCAGUUGGAGAAUCAGUGCUCGCAGUGGGAUAAAAGCUUCGGAUCGGGACCUUUCCAGUGA